AAGUUAGCAACCGAAGGCGUCCUUAGCAGCAGUGGCCGCUGAGAUGUACGAACUUCCGGUUCUCCAGGCAGCUGCCACUGCUAUAGCCUCUGCCACCUGCCACGACCGGGCCUCUCCCUGGCGUUUGGUCACCUCUGCUUCAUUCUCCACCGCGCCUAUGGUCCCUCUUGGAGCCAGCGUGGCGGGCCCGGCGGCUCCCGGGUGGUGAGAGAGCGGUCCGGGAACGAUGAAGGCCUCGCAGUGCUGCUGCUGUCUCAGCCACCUCUUGGCUUCCGUCCUCCUCCUGCUGUUGCUGCCUGAACUAAGCGGGCCCCUGGCAGUCCUGCUGCAGGCAGCCGAGGCCGCGCCAGGUCCUGGGCCUCCUGACCCUAGGCCACGGACAUUGCCGCCGCUGCCACCGGGCCCUACCCCUGCCCAGCAGCCGGGCCGUGGUCUGGCUGAAGCUGCGGGGCCGCGAGGCUCCGAGGGAGGCAAUGGCAGCAGCCCUGUGGCCGGGUUUGAAGCGGACGAUCACGGAGGGAAGGUCGGGGAAGGCUCGGUGGGUGGCGGCCUUGCUGUGAGCCCCAACCCUGGCGACAAGCCCAUGACCCAGCGGGCCCUGACUGUGUUGAUGGUGGUGAGCGGCGCGGUGCUGGUGUACUUCGUGGUCAGGACGGUCAGGAUGAGAAGAAGAAACCGAAAGACUAGGAGAUAUGGAGUUUUGGACACUAAUAUAGAAAAUAUGGAAUUGACACCUUUAGAACAAGAUGAUGAGGAUGAUGACAACACAUUGUUUGAUGCCAAUCAUCCUCGAAGAUAAGAAUGUGCCUUUUGAUGAAAGAACUUUAUCUUUCUACAACGAAGAGUGGAAUUUCUAUGUUUAAGGAAUAAGAAGCCACUAUAUCAAUGUUGGGGGGGUAUUUAAGUUACAUACAUUUUAACAACCUUUAAUUUGUUGUUGCAAUAAAUACUGUACCCUCUUAUUAUAUCUUUAUAUGUAUAGAAGUACUCUAUUAAUGGGCUCAGAGAUCUUGAAGAUAAACUAUACUGUAAUAAUUUAUCUGUUUGAAAAUUACUAUAAAACGGUGUUUUCCGAUCAGUUUUUGUUUCCUGCUUACCAUAUGAUUGUAAAUUGUUUUCUUUUAUGUAUUAAUCAGUUAAUGCUAAUUAUUUUUGCUGAUGUCAUAUGUUAAAGAGCUAUAAAUUCCAACAACCAACUGGUGUGUAAAAAUAAUUUAAAAUUUCCUUUACUGAAAGGUAUUUCCCAUUUUUGUGGGGAAAAGAAGCCAAAUUUAUUACUUUGUGUUGGGGUUUUUAAAAUAUUAAGAAAUGUCUAAGUUAUUGUUUGCCAAACAAUAAAUAUGAUUUUAAAUUCUCUUAAA